AUGGACGAUGAAUAUGAUGUCAUUGUUCUUGGAACAGGAUUGAAGGAAUGUAUUCUUUCUGGUUUACUUUCUGUUUCUGGGAAAAAGGUUCUUCAUAUGGACAAAAAUAAUUAUUAUGGAGGAGAGUCUGCUUCAUUAUCACCACUUAAUCAAUUAUAUGAAAUGUUUCAUGGUAAUGAUGCUCAAGCUCCAUCAAAUAUGGGACGUGGACGUGACUGGAAUGUUGAUCUUAUUCCAAAGUUUCUUAUGGCCAAUGGUCAACUUGUUAAACUUCUUAUCCACACAGGUGUUACACGUUAUCUUGAAUUUAAAUCAAUUGAAGGAUCUUAUGUUUACAAAGGAGGAAAAGUUUAUAAAGUACCAGCUGAUGAAAUGGAAGCAUUAGCCACUAGUCUUAUGGGAAUGUUUGAAAAAAGACGUUUCAAAAAGUUCCUUGUUUGGGCUCAACAAUUCGACAUUGCAAACCCAGAUACUUAUAGUGGAUUAGAUCCAAAAGUUCAUACUAUGCAAGAUGUUUAUAAUAAAUUUGGUUUGGAUGCUAAUACUGCCGAUUUUACCGGACAUGCAUUAGCUUUACAUCGUGAUGACGAUUACAAGGAAAAACUUUUUCCAAAAACUGUUCAGAAAAUUCGUCUCUAUUCAGAUUCAUUGGUUCGUUAUGGAAAAUCUCCAUAUUUAUACCCACUUUAUGGACUUGGAGAACUACCACAAGGAUUUGCUAGACUUUCUGCAAUUUAUGGAGGAACAUACAUGUUAGAUAAACAAAUAGAUGAAAUUAUCUUUGAAAAUGGAAAAGUAGUUGGUGUUCGAUCUGGAGAUGAGGUAGCCAAAUGUAAACAAUUGUAUUGUGAUCCAUCUUAUCUUCCAGAAAAAUGUGAAAAAGUUAGUGAUGUUGUGCGUGCUAUUUGUAUCUUAGAUCACCCUAUACCAAAUACAAGAGAUGCAGCAAGUUGCCAAAUUAUCAUUCCACAAAGACAAGUUGGUAGAAAAUCUGAUAUUUAUAUUUCUUGUGUUUCUAAUGCUAAUCAAACAGCUCCUAAAGGUUGGUAUAUUGCUAUGGUAUCUACAACUGUUGAGACAAACAAUCCAGAGAUGGAAAUUCAACCUGGACUUCAGUUACUUGGAAUGAUAGCUGAGAAAUUUAUCCGCGUUAGUCCAAUAUACAAACCAGUUGAUUUAGGCCAUGAAUCACAAGUUUUUAUAUCUAGAGGUUAUGAUGCCACAACACAUUUUGAGACAACUUGUGAAGAUGUACUUGAUAUUUUUGCUCGUGGAACUGGAGCUCCAUUUGAUUUCUCAAAAAUUACUCACUUGACAAUGGAUGAUGAUGAAUAG